GUAAGCAUCUCUUCUAUCUUCACACACACACACACACACACACACUCAGGACUGCUGGGAAGAUGGGGACAAUCCUAUUGCCUAAGGUCACAAUGCUCGGGAUCUGCUUGUGUUUGAGUGUUGCCGUCCGCCUUGCGGUGUCUCAGGAAGCCGAAGCUCAGGAGCCUGUCACAUACAUGGCAAGUAGUCCAAAACACAUAAAACAUAUUUAUUAUCUCUUGCGUCUUACACAUUUUUUUUUUCUUUUGCAGUGCACCGAAGGUUAUGAAUUUGACUUUGAAAAACAAAUCUGUAAAGAUAUAGAUGAAUGCAAGACAGUGCAGGACGCCUGCAAAGGGGGCAUGAAAUGCGUCAACCAUUUUGGUGGAUAUCUCUGCUUACCCCACAACGCUCAGAUAAUUGUCAGUAACGGCGAGGAUGAGCCCACUACUGCCCCACCAGUGGAAAGAGGAGAUGUUCAGCCCGGGAUAGCCCCCAAUUUCAGGGGCGAUUACGCCAGAGUCAUUCAAAGCGCAACACAUACAAUCCAGUGUGGUGUCGGUUUCAUGCCAGACUCUCAGAACUACUGCAGAGAUGUGAAUGAAUGUCUCACUUCAAACCCCUGCCAACAUCAGUGCUACAAUCUGAUUGGCUCUUACCUCUGCCAAUGUGAAGUCGGAUACGAACUGGCUUCAGACUCCGUCUCCUGCCAAGACAUCGAUGAGUGUGAAUUCUCAAACUACAUGUGCCAGUUCCAAUGUGUGAAUCAACCUGGAGGAUACAGUUGUGUGUGUCCUGAUGGAUACCAGCUCCAAGGGACGCGGAUGUGCCAAGAUAUAAAUGAGUGUGAAGCAUCACACAACUGCAGAGAAGAUGAAAUGUGUUGGAAUUACUACGGAGGAUUCCGUUGCUAUCCCAGAAACCCCUGCCGUGAGCCAUACGUGAAAACAGGCGAAGGUCGCUGUCGGUGCCAGUCGCCAAAUGUUUGCCGGGGACUGCCGCCUGUCAUUGUCUACAAGUACAUGAGCAUCUUUUCCGAUCGCUCCGUGCCUGCGGAUAUCUUCCAGAUUCAAGCUACCAGUGUCUACCCCAAUAUGGUAAACACUUUCACGAUCAAAUCCGGCAAUGAGGGAGGAGAGUUCUACCUGAGGCGCUCCAGUAAUGUAAGUGCCAUGUUGGUAAUGACCAAACCGUUGACUGGACCUCGAGAACAUGUUGUGGAUCUGGAGAUGGUCACCCAGAGUAAUGCCUUGAGCUACCGCUCCAGCUCACUGCUGAGACUCACUAUUAUAGUGGGUCCAUACCCUUUCUAAAUCAUCUAGUUUGACUGAAUCAGCACCUUGGGUUUAUGUUUGUACUGCAGCUUACUAUGUUUAAAAUGUUCAACACAGCAUGGUCACCUGGCCUUGAUCAGUGGUUCUUAUCUGGUUGGUUGCAACCCAAAAAUGGAUCAUAGAUGGAAACCAAUUCUAAAUCAAUUAAUAGAUUCAUUAAUAUUGGAAUGUUUAUCUUUAUAUGAUAAAUCUUUUGUAUAAUACAUUUCAUGGUACUGUAUUGAGUCACCAAUCACUCCGAUGUAAAACGUGGACCCCCGAAGCAAAACCAGCUGAGAACCACUGGCCUAGAUAGUUGCAUAUUUACUGGGUUUCAAACAGGAAUUGGUUUACUAAUCAUAAAAAGUAGGCUGUCUGGUUUAUUGAAGGUUUUAAGUAAUUUGUACUUUGAAAAAUGAAAGACAAGGUCUGAGAGGGUGACAUGUAAGACCAAGAAAUAUCUGAAAAACAACACAGCUGGAUAGCAGAUAAAAACACGGUUGCUCAAGUUUCAUUCUGAAAAGCACUUCUAGGUUAUUCUUUGUCUUGAUAGUAAGAGGAUUUUCUCGAGA